AUGAAACGAAAAAGAGGUCCUACUAAGUGCAAAGAUAUUUGGGCUUUGUCGAGGGGUGAAAAAUUUCAUAUCAGGGUCAAUACUCAGGGACAACCCGUUGGUAAAAAUGUUAAAAAGUUGACCACUUUUUUGGGUACUUUAGCGAGGAAUGGAGCUUAUGCUCCUCUUAGGUACGAGGAUUGGAGGAAAAUGCCAAACUAUUACAAAACUGAAAUGUGGGAUUUGGUACAGGAAAAAUUUGACAUUGACCCAUUCGUUGAACCUUGGAUAUCGAGUUCCUUAAGUAGCAAGUGGAGGAAUUUUAAGUCUUCUGUGAAAAGGGAUUGGUUUCAAUGUAAAGAGCGGGACGAAAGGGUAUCUGAUGAUGAUUGGGCAUGGCUAUUACGAUAUUGGAGCACAGACAAAGCUUUGAAAAAGGAAGUGGUGGGCAAGGAAAAUAGGGGCAGAGUGCUAUCAGCACACACCUUGGGUUCCAAAAGCUAUGCUUGCAAGAGAGACGAGAUGGCGGAAUCUAGGCCGGACAAGUCUGAGCCGACUAGAGCCGAGGUUUAUGUUGCUGCUCAUGUGCGCCCGAAUGGGACUCCAUUGAAUGACAAAGUUGCAAAGGUUAUUGAAAGGAUCAACGAAAAGAAAACUCAAAUAGAGCCUUCUCAUCAUGAUAGUCCUGGACCGCAUGACAUACUAUCACAAGCACUAGGAGAGGACAAAUAUCAUCACUCGAGAACAUUUGGAUUAGGUUCAGGUUGGGGCGUGAAGAAUUCUCGUGUGUCAAUAUUAAAGAAAGCAUUAGAGGCUAAAAGAAAUGCAGAAGAGAAUGCGGAAAAGAUGAAAGGAGAGCUGCAGGAGGUGAGAGCGGGACAAGGAAAAAUCAUGACCUUGCUGCAUAAACUUCAUCCAAAUGUGAGCAUUGAUGAAUUGUUAGACUCAACAACACAGGUACGUCUUUUUUUUUUAAUUUAGUAAUUUGAAACAUUAUGGAUUACAUUUUUUUCAUCAACAUAAUUGUAUGGGUUUGAGUUGUAGGACCAUGUAGUCAUCGAGUCAGAAGGUAAUGGAGAUGAAAUGAGUCCGACUGGAUUUGAGGGAGAAGAGGUAAACUUAGGGAGGAGUCCACUGCUUCCUAUGUUGCAAGAUAUAACUCCACGUAGAACUAAUAGUCAAUUAAAUGAGGUUACACCAAAUCAAAUUCUUCAAACUUAUCUGCCUCAUUACAAUGGCUUAUCAUCUGAAGUGAAUUCUUCUGUUAUAAAAAACACUUCCCAAAGGGUACCAAACAAGACAUUUUCAUUUUUGGAUUAUAUGCUGGAUUCAUCGCAUGAUGGUGGUUCCUCUAGCCAACAACAGGGAUUAGAAUUUGCAAUAUUGAAGAGCUUGCUAAGUCCUGAAGUUAAUGUGGCUUAUGCUAAUAUCGUAAUUAAGGAUCCAAAGGGUUGUGUAGCUGGCCAAGAAUUGGGUCGUGGAUUUUAUGAAGUAUUUGUUCACGUCGCCUUUAAGAGCGACGAGCCUUUAGUACGACCAUAUGGAAGUUUUCAUACACUUGGGGAUGUGGUUGGAAGGAGUAUCGCUUGGCCAUCAUCUUUGGUAACAGAUCACAGUGACGGAUACUCAAUCAUUUUGAAGCUGCUCGAUCAUUAUGAAGAUGUUUGCUUGGAUAUUAGUUCUAAUAAGACCAUCUUGUUUUGAGUGUUAGUUUUUUUAUAUUGGAAUUGAUCCAUUAUUUUACUUUGUUUGAACGUAUUGAGGUCAGCACACAAUUUGCACAUUUUGAUGUUAUGGAUUUAAUAGUAUUUUUUAGUAUUUUCUA